AUGCCCACUCCCUUCGUCAUCCUGGCGGCUCUCAGCCUGCUCGCCAGUGCCCCAGUAUCAGCUACACCGAUAGCAGAAAAACUACAACGUAUAAAAGAGGUCCCGACCUGCGAAGGCAAGGAGCAAGACUCAAAGUUUACCUUCUCAACUCCUAGUGGCGUUUACGACACCAUCUGCGGCAACGACUACUUCGGAGGGGAUCUUAAAACGUCCACGGCCGAUACCUUCGAGGCUUGUCUUCUGGACUGCGACAAGACUGAUGGAUGCAUCAGUGUCUCGUACCAGGGCAGUGCAUGCUACAUGAAGAAUGAAGCGAAGACCGCUGUAGCUGCUCCGCUUGUCAUCACUGCGAAGAAGCAAGGUACUUCUACAUCGCCUUCCGCUCCGACAAAAGAUUACAGCCUUACAUGCGAGAACAAGGCCAGCGACAACAGCAUCUAUGAGGGUGCCAAGGGGCAAUUCAAGAUCCUUUGCGGGAAAGAUUAUGCUGGUGGCGAUCUCAAGACUGUCAACGUAGCUCGCUUCGAAGAUUGCAUCAAGGCUUGCGACACGACUGACGAGUGCAUCGAUGUUUCUUAUGUCAACGGCGCAUGCUAUCUUAAGCGCAGUACUGCAACCCUAGUCACGGCCGACUGGGUUUGGACGGCCGUCCUUCAAGACCCCCAAACAAACGCCAUCUCAUGUGUCGACAACGUGAGCAAUGGAGCAACAUACACUGCGAAGACCGGAGGUUCCUACAAGAUCGAGUGCGGUCUCGACUACGCAGGUGGAGACAUGCAGAGUCUGGACACCGCUACCAUUGAGCUCUGCAUGGACGCUUGUGAUCUUACUGAUGGCUGCGUUGAUGUUUCAUUCGUUUACGGGACCUGCUACCUGAAGAACGUAGUCAAUGGGAAUGGUACUCCCGUCGGUCAUGUGUGGACGGGCCGGCAGGUUACGAAGACCACUACAGCUGCAGCGCCCCGCAUGACACUCGGAGUGAACACAGAUUUCGAGACCAGCAACCUUAACGACUGGCUCCAAGACCAAUUUUACCGGAACCCCAUGUCAGCCAACAUUGUCAACGGAGGCGACAACAGUCCCCGCUCGCUGCAACUCUCCCACAACGGAGGUGACUACUCCAGCGUCUACCUCUGGCAGGGAAUCCCUGCAUCGGCUGCGAACAAGUGGUUCCGUGUGGAAUUCAGUACAAUGUAUACUCACGACAAUGGACAAAACUGGAAUACCUGCUUCCAGGCCUUCACAUGGGCCGGCCAAUUUCAAGGAGUCGUAAGUUACCCUCAGCUCACUCGACAGCAUUCUGCGCUCGUUACAUUCCAUUCCGUUAGACACAUGUGCUGA